ACCGUUUCUCUGUCCCACAGGCGAACGAAAUUAGGUCACAUGCGUGUUCCUACACGACCACGUGGCAGGGCUAUGCUCCCUGUGCGCGCUCUCGCGCUCGAUCGCUGCGUCCUACAAUCCGCAACAACGCGAGUCACGAACAUUUCCGGUCCUCGCUUCGUCUCCCGUGUCUCCGGAGUUGCGCUCCUCGACCUCCUCCUCUUCCUCUGCCUCCUCCUCUGUGCUCCGUGUUCACUCGUGGUUGCCUCCUCCUUCAUCCUCCUCCUCCUCUUCCCUGACGUACAACACCAAUUUCGGUCGAUCUGGGGGAAUUUCUGGACUAUCGUAAGAUUCAUGGUCGUCAGUGGUCGAGUUUUGGCGCCAUUUUCGUAGUUUUUUUUCUCGCUCUGGUGAAACUUUCGUUGUCGACGAGGACGCGCUUGAUUCAGGCACUCUGCUUGAUGGAGUGAGACCUCCCUCCCCGUGUUCUUAGGUUUGUGCGUUAAUGAGAAAACCUAGUCGAUUCUUCCUUGGCAUGCCGGACUCGUGCAGGGUUGUUGGGUGUGUGAAAAGUCCCGAUUUGACACUAGGCUGAUUACGCGCGCGAUUUCUGUUGUCGGUGCAGCAGAUGAAGAUUUGCACCAUUCAUUAAUUUGGGACUAGUAGGUGUGGUGGUUCGCGAGUGUAUGGCAGAGGUGCCAACCGCGCAGAAUGGGUGCGAAUGGCAAAUUGGACGACGAAUCGCUGGGCGUCUCGAAGAAAAGCUCUCGAGAGCGGCACUUGAGAAAGAGGGAGUAUUUUGAGGAGGGCGAUGAGCGCGAUAACGGCGGUGACAAGAAGCAGUAUGGUAGAGAUGCCGAUCGGUUGCGGAAGGAUGACGGAAAGUCCAGAGACAGAAGCGAACGAGAAAAGAGGGACGGAGAUAGGGUGAAGGAUAGGGAAACGGAGAAGACACGAGACAAGGACGAGAAGCGCAGCAAAGAUAGAGAACUGUUAUCUGAGAAGGACAGAGAGAGGCUGAAGGAGAAGGAGAAGUCUCGAGAGAAGGAUCGCGACAGGGACAAAGACAGAGAGAGGGCCAAAUCGAGAGAGUGGGAGCGCGAGAAGGAGAAGGAGCGCGAGAAAUUGAAGAGGAAAGAGAGGAGGGAUCGCGAAGCUGAGUUUGAAGAAUUGUUGAGAGAAAAGGAAAAGGAGAAAAGGGAGAAGGAAAAGGCCAGGGAAGAACAACAUGAGAGGCCCGAUAGAUCAGGUCUAUACAGGGAGAGGGAAAAAGAUGAGGAGAGAAGACGAGAGAGGGAAAGAGAGCUGCUGAAGGAGAGGGAGAAGAAGCGAGAGAAGGAGAGAAGAGACAAAGAGCGGGAGAAGAGAGAGCGAGAGAAACUAGAGAAAGGGGAUGACGAAGACAAGGACAGAGAUCGGAAGAAGAGAAGGAAAGAGGAGGAGGCAGAAGGCGGUCACAGACGUGAAAGCGAAGAGAAUGAUUUGGAUGAGGAGCAGAGGAGACUGGACGAAGAGAUGGAGAAGAGGAGGAGAAGAGUGCAGGAGUGGCAAGAAUUGAGACGACGUAAGGAAGAAGAGGAACGUAAGAGGAGAGGUGAUACAGAUUCUUUCACAGAGAGGUUCCCUAAUGGAAAGACAUGGACACUGGAGGGAGACGACUCUGAUGACGAGGAUAUUAACAAGGAUGGAUUUUCUGCCGCAACUAAAGUUAUGGCUUUUGAGAAUGGAGACGUCGUAAUGGCAGAGAGCAAAGAGGACUCCCUUCGAUUGAGGGAUGAUGAUCUGGUCGGCGAAGACGAGGUGGGCUACAAGAGUGUGGCCGGUGAUAAGGGUGAUGGUGAUGAUGAAGUGGAUCCACUAGAUGCGUUCAUGAACGCCAUGGUAAUUCCUGAAGUGGAGAAGCUCAGUGCCCCUACAGAAUCUGGGACGGGUGUUGGGCAAAAGGAUGCUGCCGUGAAGCGCCCUGUCGAGGUGAAGGUAUUUAAUAAGAUGGGUAAACCUGUGAAGAGAGAAGCAAAACUUUCUACAGGCCGGAUAAUUGCUGGUGAAGAUUCAGCUUCAGAUAACGACUAUAACGAUGAUGGCGAACCGGAGGAGGGUGAAGAAGAUGACGACGAUUUUAUGAAAAGGGUGAAGAAAAGUAAGGCAGAGAAACUUGCUCUCGUCGACCAUUCUAAAGUCCAGUAUGCCCCUUUCAGAAAGAACUUUUACAUUGAAGUGAAGGAAAUAUCCAGAAUGCCGGCCGAGGAGGUCAUAGCUUUGAGGAGAGAGUUAGAGUUGAAAGUAAGAGGUAAGGAGGUGCCGCAGCCCAUAAAGACGUGGAAUCAGACUGGUCUGAGCGCCAGAGUUCUGGAAGUUAUCAAGAAAGCAGGGUUCGAAAAACCAAUGCCAAUUCAGGCCCAAGCACUUCCCAUCAUAAUGAGCGGUAGGGACUGUAUUGGUGUCGCGAAGACAGGCUCCGGGAAAACGUUGGCGUUUGUUUUGCCAAUGCUUAGACACAUCAUGGACCAACCUCCUCUUGCACAAGGGGAUGGACCAAUUGGACUCAUCAUGGCACCUACCAGGGAGCUUGUGCAGCAGAUUUACAGUGACAUCAAAAAGUUCUCGAAGAUUAUGGGGUUGACUUGCGUUCCUGUCUAUGGGGGCUCUGGUGUCGCACAGCAGAUCAGUGAUUUGAAAAGAGGUGCCGAGAUUGUUGUCUGCACCCCGGGGAGGAUGAUAGACAUCUUGUGUACUAGCGCAGGAAAAAUUAUGAAUCUAAGACGGGUGACUUAUCUUGUGAUGGACGAAGCUGACCGAAUGUUUGACAUGGGGUUUGAGCCGCAGAUUACGAGGAUUGUCCAGAACACACGGCCUGAUCGGCAAACGGUGUUGUUUUCAGCUACCUUUCCGAGACAAGUAGAGGUCCUUGCAAGAAAAGUGUUAAGCAAACCUGUUGAGAUACAAGUCGGAGGCCGGAGUGUUGCCAAUAAAGACAUCACUCAGACAGUGGAGGUGCGCCCGGAUAGUGAACGGUUUUUGCGGCUCUUGGAACUCCUUGGAGAGUGGUAUGAAAAGGGGAAGAUUUUGAUAUUUGUUCAUUCUCAAGAGAAGUGUGAUAGUUUGUUCAAAGAUCUGCUGAAGGCAGGCUACCCAUGCUUGUCUUUGCACGGAGCCAAAGACCAAACGGAUCGGGAGUCCACGCUUGCGGACUUCAAAUCCAAUGUUUGCAAUCUGAUGAUUGCCACCAGUGUUGCUGCGAGAGGACUCGAUGUCAAGGAGUUGGAGCUCGUCGUCAAUUAUGAUGUUCCGAAUCAUUAUGAAGAUUAUGUGCAUCGAGUGGGUAGAACAGGUAGGGCUGGUCGUAAAGGUGUUGCGGUGACUUUCAUUUCUGUCGAAGAAGAGCGAUACGCCCCGGACUUAGUCAAAGCUCUUGUGCUUUCUGAGCAACCAAUCCCUGAGGAUCUCAAGAAGCUUGCAGACGAUUUCAUGGCGAAGGUGAAGCAGGGCAGUGAACAAGUACAUGGUAGCGGUUAUGGCGGGAGUGGGUUCAAAUUCAAUGAGGAGGAGGACGAAGCACGGAAGGCUGCAAAGAAGGCUCAGGCUAAGGAGUAUGGAUUUGAAGAAGAUGAAGAGAAGUCUGAUUCUGAUUCUGAUGACGAUGGAAUACGGAAGGCUGGUGGGGAUCUGGCACAAGCUGCGGCUGCAGCAGCCCAUGCUGCUGCCAUGGCUGCUGCCGCAAAGGUCGGAAUCACGUCAAUGGCAGGUCCAUCUCUUGGAGUUUCGGGUUUAGGUGCUGCCAAUCCACAACUUCAAGCUGCCCUCGCCAUGGCUCAGGCUGCUGCCGCCAGCCAGGGUUUGCCUACACAGUUUACUGUGCCGGGUAGCCUAGGCAUGAGUUUUCCGGGUCUCAAUCUGGCUGGGAUGCCAGGUAUGGGUAUGAGUAUGAUGAAUAUGGCUGGUAUGGCCAAUAUGGCAGCUGCUGGAAUGACGGGGAUGCCAGGAAUGGGAGCGAUGAAUCUCUUGGGCAUGGGCCUUCCUUCCGGUGCCACACCUGGAAGUAUGACCGAUGGUGCGGCCAGAGCCUCAGCUUUUGCCGCUGCUCUGAACUUACAGCAUAAUCUAGCCAAGAUUCAGGCGGAAGCAAUCCCUGAGCACUAUGAGGCAGAGUUGGAGAUCAACGAUUUUCCCCAGCAUGCGCGAUGGAAGGUCACUCACAAAGAUGCAUUGGGUCAAAUUAGUGAAUGGACAGGUGCCGCUAUCACGACUCGCGGUCAGUUUUUCCCUCCAGGAAAAGUGCCUGCACCAGGGGAGCGGAAACUAUUUUUGUUCAUUGAGGGUCCUACUGAAGCUUCUGUUAAGAAAGCCAAAGCGGAGGUGAAGCGUCUCCUGGAAGAGUCCACUUCUGCAGCUACUUCACUUCCAGUGACAAUACAACCUGGGAAGUAUUCUGUACUAUGAUUAUGUGGAAAGAACCACUUAUGAUGGUGGACAAUAUCUGUAGUUUCUGACCCAUAGCAUUGGAAUAACAGUGCAUAGGCAUUUUUAGGUAGGCAAUGUGGAGCUACUUGAACAGGACAAUUCUGUAAUUCUAUGUCAUUGUUGAGGAAAGUUCGUUCUUCCUACUCGUUCACUGUUUCUGUCUGACAUCAUUCAUUGAGACCGAUGUAAUUGGUGGAGCGAAUUGGGUCUUCCAAGCAUUGACACAGGCCUACAUUUUGGCUUUGCAGGAAUUGCUUGGCAGAAGAGGCAUGGGCCUUGUGGAUCUUACGCUGAAGUUUUGAAUCCCACCUUACAUAUUUUUCUGGCUGGUUUGGGAAGUUUUAUGUACUGUAUACAUCUUCAUGUUCUUGUUGCAUGCUGUUUUGGUCAAUUAUGGAAACCUGAUAGAGUAAAUUUUGGAUAUUUAUUAUUAUUCUGUUGGAUCUGACACUGAGCUGAUAAGCAGCUGAGUGUAGAACCUUGGAUUUUCGGCUCAACACAUGCCAGAAAUACACACAGCAAUUGUUGUUACAGAACUCAUCAUGGAACACGAGAUUGUGGUCGGCCGUUACUUCGAGUUGUCCCAUCAGUCUUCUUCCCGUAUUCAAUAUCUAGAUCGGGAAGUCUAAUAUCCUUGCUGUCGCAUGUAACGGUGUGCUGCAGCUUUGUAGGGUUGUCUUUUCCGCUGCCUAUUUUUUGUUUGUUUGUCUUAGCCCGAGCCCAACGUAUUUCCGUUAAAGGAUCGACAAAUAAGAGUUUUGCCUCGAGAACCCUUUCUUUGUCAUUUUAUUGAAGGGUUGUUACUUUUGAAAGGCUUGCUUCUGUUGAUAUCUUCAAUUCAGACCUCUUCGUUCUGACCUUGUAAGUGGGACGAUUGUAAGGCCUUCGACCCUGUCAUAGUCAGGACACCAGCGAAACAGAGUGUUUGAGGCCCUAAUUUGCUUGCACCUGUACACUGAAUCUUCACUGACUAUCAGCUGAUAGUUUGUGUCAUGAGUUUGCCUUGUCUGGUGACCCUUUUGAAUCAUUGGAUUGUUUAGGAAAUGACUUCAUGAUGACGAGGACCUUCUCAUCCAUCGGAACAUUAGGGUUAUAGGUCUGACAAUAAAACUCUGCACAUGAUUGUAUAUUAGAGUUCUAAUGACAUUCGGUUGACUGAUGCGCGUUGAGUUGUAAAGUGUCAUUGUUGGGAGAAAGACAGAUGUGUAUUACCUGUUCAUCAGCCGUUUCCACCAAGAUCCCUUCGAAAGCUGUCUACCAUCUAGAUCAGUGUUGAUCAACUCAUCUUGGAGGCGCAUCUUUAGGUGCACUCGAUCGUGGACUGUGUGAUACCAUGCGACUUAUGGUUCACAACCUAGGAUACGCACCAAGAAGGUUUACCAGCUCUUGAGAAAUAAAUAUUCUAGGGUUGCUUUUACAUUCUACGUCUAGGUCGCUGAUAUGGUAAUUGGGUUUUUGUUGCUUGACCGCCAUGUAUCUUAGAUCAACAUUAUACCAGGAAGUGGAACAUGUCUAUUGGGCUAGAUACACGCAGUUUGUAAGUUUGGCCCUCUUUUUUCCACCAGUGGAAUCAUUACUGGCUUUUUGGUCUUUACGGGGCCCCUGGUAUGGUCAAAUGCGAAUGAUGAAUUUGAAGUGUAAAUGUGGACAUCCUGCAACAAGAGUUGAAGGGUCUCUCAAGCACUCAGUAGAGCACUUGACGGAUUCUGCCAUGCUAUGGCAUUUUAAGUUCUCACAGAUCCCAUAUGAGCAGUAUCAUAGGAGCCAAAAUCUUGAGACAAUGAGUGUAAUUUAUGAGAAAGGAUGAAGCCGACAAUGGCUUACAUCCGGUUUAAUCACUAAAAUGCUAUGAGAGGACUGGCGUAUGUUAAUCUAUGUCAUGUUAUGUUAAUCUUUAGAACACUACUGAUCUAUACACGAAAAGCAAAUUUUAUGAUUGGUAUGUCAGCACUUUGUGUAUUUGUCAGAAAAAAGUAACUAAAUUGAUAAAUGUGUAAGUUACGAAAAAAGUUUGAAGGUCAAUAUGUUUGGUAAGUAAGAUAUUAAUGUAUUGGUUAAUGUUUAAGUUAAUACACUAACCAAACUGCAAGUGACUUUAGUCAUGACACGAUUAACGACGAUGACAUACUUUUUGUAACUUUGAAACGAUAUAUUGA